CCUCCGCCUACCACCUAUGAUGAUGUAUUCAAAUCAAUAUUUGAUUACACUGACCAUCUAUUCUCAUUAGUUCGUCCAAGGAAGCUUCUUUAUAUGGCAAUUGAUGGAGUUGCACCAAGAGCUAAAAUGAAUCAACAACGUUCUCGGCGCUACAGAGCUGCAAAAGAUGCAUCUGAGGCAGAAGCUGAAGAGGAAAGGUUGAGGAAAGAAUAUGAGGCCGUGGGGAGAAAUUUGACCCCUAAAGAAAAGCCUGAAACUUCUGAUUCAAAUGUCAUUACUCCCGGAACUCAGUUUAUGGUGGCGCUUUCAGUAGCGCUUCAGUACUAUAUACAUUCUAGGUUGAACCACAACCCAGGCUGGCGGUAUACAAAGGUUAUUCUUUCUGAUUCAAACGUGCCGGGCGAGGGUGAACACAAAAUCAUGUCAUACAUUCGAUUGCAACGUAACCUUCCUGGUUUCAACCCAAACACUCGGCAUUGUCUAUAUGGUCUGGAUGCAGAUCUGAUUAUGCUAUCUUUAGCUACACAUGAGGUUCACUUUUCUAUAUUAAGAGAGGUAGUUACACUGCCCGGGCAUCAGGAGAAGUGUUUUCUCUGUGGCCAAGUUGGUCAUCUGGCAGCUGAAUGUCGUGGUAGGCAAGGUGGUGGGGAUCAGAAUGCAGUAGAUGACACACCAAUUCACAAAAGGAAAUAUCAGUUCAUCAAUCUCUGGGUGUUGCGAGAAUAUCUGCAAUAUGAUUUGGAGAUUCCCAACCCUCCAUUUGAGAUUGACUUUGAACGAAUACUAGAUGAUUUUGUAUUUCUGUGUUUUUUCGUUGGCAAUGACUUUCUUCCACAUAUGCCAACAUUGGAGAUCAGGGAGGGUGCUAUAAAUUUACUGAUGCAUAUUUAUAGAAGUGAGUUUGCUGCAAUGGGUGGUUAUCUUACUGAUGCGGGUGAGGUUAUGUUAGAUAAAGUAGAACAUUUUAUCCAGUCUGUUGCUGUUAAUGAAGAUCAAAUCUUUCAGAAGCGGACUCGAAUUCAGCAGGCUUUUGAAAGAAGAGAGUCUUCUGAAGAGCUAGAGGCACCAGUGGUAGACAAGGUCAAGCUAGGGGAGCCUGGAUACAAAGAGAGGUAUUAUGCCGAGAAAUUUAAUGUAUCAGAUCUGGAGGAGAUUGAGAAAGUUAAAAGAGAUGUAGUUUGGAAGUAUGUGGAAGGUUUAUGUUGGGUCUGCCACUAUUACUACCAAGGCGUUCGCUCCUGGCAAUGGUUUUAUCCAUACCAUUAUGCUCCUUUUGCUUCUGAUCUUAAAGAUCUUGUUGAAUUGGAAAUAACUUUUUUCUUGGGGGAGCCAUUUAAACCCUUUGAUCAACUCAUGGGAACUCUGCCAGCUGCAAGUUCAAGUGCUCUGCCGGAAAAAUACAAAAAGUUGAUGACUGACCUGUCAUCACCUAUCCUUAAAUUCUAUCCUUCUGAUUUUGAGGUUGACAUGAAUGGCAAGCGCUUUGCAUGGCAGGGUGUUGUCAAGUUGCCAUUCAUCGAUGAGAAGAAGUUGAUCGCUGCGACAAAGAAACUUGAAGAAACUUUAACGGAGGAAGAGCAGGUUCGGAAUAGCGUGAUGUUUGAUUUGCUUUAUGUACAUCGUGCUCAUCCUUUGGCUCAACAUGUUUUUUAUUAUUAUACAAUAUGUUCGCAUUUACCCCCACACCAGAAAUUUGUUUGGCCAAUUGACAUAAAUGCUAGUGGUGGAAUGAAUGGAUUCCUUUGGUUAUGUGAGAGAAAUGGAAUGAGCAAUGUAGUUCGUUCCCCUGUCAGUGGAUUGCAAGACGUUGAUAAUAACACAGUCAUCAAUGUAACAUAUCUUUUGCCUAGCCCCCAUAAACACAUUCCAGAACUUCCGAAGGGUGUAGUCAUACCCAAAAAGAUUUUAACACCUAUCGAUAUUAAACCGUCCCCUGGGUUAUGGCAUGAAGACAAUGGUUUCCGGCGGCACCAAGGCAGAGAAAGGCCGCAAGUCCCUGGAGCAAUAGCAGGUCCAUUACUAGGAGAAGCCGCUCAUCGCCUUGUAAAGAACACACUUAACAUAAAAACUAACAAUUCAUCCUCUGGAUCUUUUGAGCAAUCGUCACGUCAAAACUUCCCAGGCAACUAUACAGUCAACAGACAGAGGCCGGCUGGACCCUCUGGGUACCAAAGGGGCUUUACUGGAGACCCAAAUUUUUACCCUGGACAGUACAAUAAUUUUCCAGGGAUGAUGGCUAGGCCUAGGCUUCACCUCGUAUCAAAUGGCAUGCAAGGCGAUAGACAGAAUCUUAGGACACAAGAUAGAUCACAACAUCUAGAAGACUUCCACGCCUUGACAAUAGAAGGAAGUGCGAGAACUAGACCACCAACAGUGAUGUCAUCUCCAAUGAUGUCAAUUGGUAUGCCAAAUUUAGGACACGCCACAGACCCACCUAACAAGUUUGUGCAGAACAUGGGGACUCCUCCAACACCGCCCCACAAGUGGAUCAAUAGAGCACCAGCUGCAAAUGGUGGAAUGUAUAACAGACAACAAGAAACUGCAUCUUCUGGAAUAUAUGAGAAGCAGGUGCAGGUGAAGAAGGUUUAUCAGGUUAAAACUCGCAGCCCCAAUGAUAUUUCAGAUUCUGGAAAUCAUUCCCAGGAUAUUGGAAUCCAUUUCCAGGAUAUGCCACCUUCUGGAAACCUGCAGUGAUGAUUAUGGUUUGGAUCUUGCCGGUUUCCCCAUAGUAAUCUCUCUACUGAGAAAUGCUACACAAACUUUCAAGUUUACACUCCCAAAUGCUUACUUCCUAACGUGAAUGAAAAUCAACAUUGGAUUCAAAAUUCACUGUGAUCCAUCCAAAAUCCAAUGAUGAUUUCCAUUGGCAUGUCAAGGGGUAAGUAUUUGAGAAUGUAAACUUGGGAGUUUGUGUACCAUCUCUCUUCUGUACCAUUAGAGAAAGGUUUGAGCCAGUUGGGAUUACAGAAGUUUCAUUUCCGAGUUUGAUGGUUCACGACAAUUUGUGCUGGCCAAUGUACAUUUCCCCUUGCCAGGUGAUCGGUCCACCCAGUUCGUGGCCACAGGAACUGAUGAUAGAACUUGAGUACAAGCCACAGAAAAUUUGGAACAAAUGGUUGGGGCAUUUUUCUGGAUUCUGGCUUUACCAUUUGGACGUGGACUCACUUGAGCUAUUUUAGGGUCAGCUUAGCUAAUGGGUUGUUAGAGACGACUGUAAAAUAGACUUGUUGGUUGCCAUUGGUUUAGGGUCAUAGGAAGCAUCAAUCUGUCUUUCCAUUUUGCUCUUCUUUGUAAUUGUUUUUUUUUUUUUUUCCUCAAAAAAAAAAAAAAAAAAAAAAAAAAGGUAGUCAGCAGGAAGUACUGAUUCUACAUUUUAGUCGGCAUAGAAUCUGAUCUUCAACCUUAUAGAUGGGAAGAUGUAAUCAGCGAUUACGUUGUUUCAUUCUGGGUGAGUGAUAAUAUCUAUCUACAGCUUUGGAAAAACGAAGGAAAAAUUACACUUAAUCAGCCUCAAAUUAUUACUCAAUUUGUAAUGUGUUUUUGUUAACUUAGACCUAACCUAUUGUGACCGCAUGUAAUGUAGAUGUAAAAUGACUGAAUAUCUCUGAAAUUUAUAGAAAUAAUAUUUUGCUUA